CCCUCGAUGAGUUCGCGUUGGCGAUAACUCCAACCUCUCUCCCUCCCUGUCGACGAUAGUCUCUUUUGUUUGUCGAAUUUGAUUCGGAAAACACUCGGAAAUGGCGAAACUGUUUUGGUUGGAAGCUGUUCUUCCGCUGGGAAUCAUCGCCGGGAUGCUGUGCGUGAUGGGCAACGCCCAGUACUACAUCCACAAAGCCGCUCAUGGGAGGCCAAAGCAUGUUGGGAACGAUAUGUGGGAUGUGGCGAUGGAGAGGAGGGACAAGAAGAUCGUGGAGCAGUAUUCUUCCGCUGGGAAUUAGGUGCAGGAGGUGAUCAAGGAGGGCCAUUGCAAGAAUUUGGAGACAAUGUGCUUUAAGGUGCCUUGCGCCAUGCUUCUUAGUUGUGCUUUUUCUUAUUUAUGCAUCUGAAAAACCCUGCUUCGUUAAUUGGGAGAAUGUUGGAUCGUAUUCAUGUUUUGAAUGGAUAAAAUUGCUUGAUGACUUUCUUCUUGGAUCAAAUAAUAUCCAUGUCUUGUUGGGGAUUUGUGAUAUUAAAGUUAGAACCUCCAAUGAUUGGUCUAAUGUUAUAUAAAACUGGCCACCAGUUGGGCAAACAUGCUUUGCAUGAUUUGAUUUUGCUUGAUUUGUCCCUGAUAUAUAUAGCAGAAGAUACAUUGGAUUUUGUA